CAAUAUGGCUGCCCCCUAUGAAAUGUAUCUUGGUGAGGGUCAACUCGUUAAAAGUUGCCUUUUAAUUAAGUAAUGCGAUUUGGUGUCUUGCUGAAUGCAGUGUACAUACAGUAUGGUGCUUUGACAGAGGGUUAGUACAUGGUGGUAUUUCCUGUGUACCACCACCAUGGCAUCUGAAGAGAAUGAUGAUGAUUGGAAGAUGAAGGAAUUUCUCAAAUCAACAAAAAGUGUACGUGGAGGGUACAGAGUUGGAGCAGGGCGACCCAAAAAAUAUGUGGGCAUGGACAGGAAAGAAGUGAGGAAAAUGUACCGUAGGAUGCAGAGAAAUGCCAGCAUUCAGUUGCCUUCAUCUUAUACACAGCCCUGGCAGAGAGAGAAGUCCAGACUGGGACUCAUAUCUGAUUCACAAUUUAUUCAACAUCUGCUCAACCUCAGUCAAAAUUUAAGUGAAAAUGGCAGACAGCAUGGCCUGUCCUCCAACCUGGCGCCCCCUAUUUCUCACCUGUCCAGCACCUGCCAAGACGAGGAUUCCAUUGUAGACAAUGACUCUUCCACAGGGAACAUUCAGAGAACAAACUUACAGACUAGAAUGAUGCCACUUAAGCACAGACAGGCCACACCUUCCAUUUCAUUAUCCAGAUUUGUGUAUGAUGAUUUUGAUGCUGCUAGAAUUGAGAUGGAGAAAGAUAAUGAUGGUUUUGUCAAAUAUCUACUUAAACUACAUUAUAGGCAUUGUGUUGAGGGUGAUGAGAUGAACUACUCAGACCUUGGAGGCUCAGAGAGUGAAGCUGCUGAAAUGGAAGAUAUUCAACAACAGGAUGCUCACCAAGAUAAAGAUUGCAGAAAUGAACAUGUAGAACCUCAAGUUGAUAACAGAAAUACUCAGGAUGAAGUCUUAGAUCUGUCCACUGUGCGUGUGAAGAAAGAAGGGGAGAGAACACUGGAUAAUCUCUAUACUAAAACUUGGUCUAAUCAGAGAAUGGAAGACCAAUCAAUGUCAGCUACACAGAAAGUAGACAUGGACACUAGACACACAGACUCAGUAAAUAGAUCUGCCAACUACAACAAGAAACUGGUAUUUAUCAAUGCUGUUGAUCCGGCUUCCAAAAAUACUGCCAAUGUGACUGCAUCAACAGCUGCACCAGCCGUUGCCACGGCAACUUCUGGUUAUUUAUCCCAGCAGCUCAGCACCAGCAAGUUAUCCCAGCCAGUGUCCAGUAUGGUGGACCAGGUGGGCUUCCCUGUCAUGAUGGCCACUGGGAUAGGCUCCUAUGCUUCAGUUAACCAAGCCAUCCCAUUGCUGGCAAUACCCACCUCUUUCAGUCCAAAUAUUCCCAGUGGCACAGCAGCCUGGUCAGUGCCAGUGAACAAUUACAGUAAUAGCCAGUCUUCCAGCAGUAACAUUACCAUGUCAGGGACAGCAGACUCUCCCAGUGGUUUACCGUCCUCAGUGACAGUACGGGAAUUGAUAUAUGGAGAUCACACUGGUCAGAGAGGAAGGAGAAGGAAAACCCAGUGGACACAUUACACUCCUCAUCUCUCUACCAGUCACCCUGCUAUGGCCACUGCUGCUGUGGAUACUCCGUCCAAUGCCACAUAUGACUCUGUCCAUCAGGGGCCUGUAAGCACAGCCAGAACUGCUCACAGCGCCCCGACCAGUGCCUUCACCACCACAGAGAGGUCUGCCUUGUCACAGAUUGACACUGCCAAGACAAGAGAUGUCCCUCUCAAACAAAAGUCAAAAAUUGUUCAAUACCAGUUGAUGCAUCCAGGGAAAGAACGAGUCACAAAAAGUGGAGUUACAUUUUGUGAGUUUCGCUUCACAGAUCGCCAUCUUGUCCAGCCCAAAGUCCGAGGUUAUGGAGGAAAAAAGCUGUCAUCCGUGCCUAAGAGAUAUUCUCCCAGAAAACGCCAGGAGCCUAUUCCAGGGACUUGCAAAUUCAAGUUGGAUAAAGAGACAGGAGAUCUUGUCAGAAAAGAAAGAACUUGGAUGCCUCCCAUAGUUCAAGAUGAACAGGGCAGCAGCUAUCCUCAGAAUAUGAACCCUGCCCAAACCACUGCAACACAGCAGCAGGUGGACCAUCAGAACAAUAACAGUACUCUGUCAGAUCCUCACUGUGGGUCAGAAGACCAGUUUGACCUUCAAGGUCACGAGGACAAACAUGCCCUAGACACUGGAGAUAACAUCAUAUGUGAGCUAGAUGAGGAGGAGGAGGAAGAGGAACAGUCACAAGAAGUCAGCGGUAAUGUAAGUGUGAAUCAAACUGCAGAGAACCAAGGAGAAGGCCCCAGCUUGCAGUGGGAAAUAAACCAGAAGUUUAUGGGCAACGGCAGCACCAUGCAAAUCUUCACAAUGGCCAUGUCCUGUUCUGUGUGCAGAAAGUCCUUCAAGUCAAAGAGGGCCCUAGAAAGUCAUGAGAAGACCCAUGGGAGUGCUGACCCCCCUUUCCAAUGUCAGCUCUGUGGAUUUGAGGCCAAGUUUUACUACACUAUGGACAUCCAUAUGAAAUCUACCCACGAGAACACAGAUAAACGGUGUGACCAUUGUGGAGAAAACGUACCAGAUCAUAACAUACAGCAACACAUGCAGCUAGUCCAUGAGGACAUGGCUCAUAUUUGUGGAGAGUGUGGGAAACUUUUCUUCAGUCAACAAAAACUGAAUCUCCACAUUUCUCAGUCCCACAGUGCCAAGGAGGUGUUGACUUGCCCGUAUGAUGAUUGCAGCACUGAAUUAAAAAAACAGCAGUUGGCAUCUAAACAUGUCCAGGUUGUACACUACAAGAUAAAGCCUUACCAUUGUGAUGUCCCGGGCUGCGGCAAGUCAUUUGUAAGUCAAACCACAUUAAACAGCCAUCUUCUGGUGCACUCCGGGGAUAAGCAUCACACGUGUAAGUUUUGUCAGCAACGCUUUCGUACAAACUGGCAACUGAAGGUGCACAUGCGUCGACACACAGAUGAGAAGCCGAUUAAAUGUGACCAGUGUGACUAUCGCUGUCGUCAGAGAGCCUCGUUGAACUGGCACAUGCGAAAACACAGACAGCAUUGCGUGUCUUGAAGUACAGUGGAGAGGAAUGCAGUAGACGCACUUUACUAUUACUAUGCAAGGAACUUUUUCUUUGUGCCAUAUUGAAGAGUCAUUGAAUAUUGUUAAUUUAUUUUUCCCUUUUUUUUUUGCAUCCAGACAAUCCAUAAUUUAUAAUACCGUUUAUUUUCACUAAUGUGAAGUGUGCAUAUAUCAAUUUGCUUAAGAUGAAAGAGACUUGCGACAAUAUCAUGUUUGUUUAACAAAUAAUAAUUUAAAAUAAUUUGUAUACAUUUACAUAUAUUCUUGCAUGUAUAGUGUUUAUAUUGCUUUGUGCCAAACUUUAUAAUCUUGAUCAUCCACUUUCACAUAAUGGUGCUGUAUGUGGGGUUUGUACACUUCUUAAAUACAAACAUGUACACAUUUAGUUGUAAGCAAUUUUUUUUACAAAUCAAAAUAAUAUAUUGUAAUUGCACAUUACAAUCAGUCUGUGUUCUGAAAAACCUGUCGCGGAAAAUGAUCUGCAGAAUAAUUUUACUUUAAUUAUGAUUUGUUUUGUUUGUAGACAAUAUUUUUUCUUUCAAGUUUACAACUGGUGCUAAUAAUCUGAUAAACAGUUGAUAUUAGCUGUGCAUUUCUGCCACUUUUCAUCAGAAACCAGAAGUAAAAAUCUUUUUGUGAAUGAGAUUCAGUUUGAGACAAUUUUUUUCUAUUGUAUAUUUGAAGGAACAUGAGCUGAGGCAAAUAGCCUUGAAAAGAUAAGUGUGUCAGAUAUUAGAUAUGAAAGUAUUAAUUUGAAAAGUUAUUAACUAAUACCAUGAACAUGUUGUUUGUAAAGAUCAGUGAAUUACAUUCAAAUUUUUGUUUGUCCACCUUGCAAGAAGAAUGGUGCUCUUUGUUAAAUGUGAUAGUACUUACUGGGCAUGUUCACACUUAGAACAAGUAUUUACUGGGCGUGUUCACACUUAGAACAAGUAUUUACUGGGCGUGUUCACAUUUAGAACAAGUACUUACUGGGUGUGUUCACACUUAGGACAAGUAUUUACUGGAUGUGUUCACUUGGGACAGUUUCCUCCCACACGUUCUGCCCAACACUUCCAAAAUUGAACAUAUAUUUCCCUUCACGUAUGCAUAUGAUGUGUAAAGGACGGAUUGUUUUUAGUAUUUCUUAGUUUUUUUGGAUUGUUUUAUUUCUAUACUUACUGUAUAGCACUGCUGUUGUUAAAGGUCAAGUUUCUCAAGUGCAAUUGUGAAAGUACAAUAGUGAUGGAUACUGAAAUUACCACACCAUUUCAUUAUUAAAGUUUUUUUUUUAUUAAAACUACAAGUACAGACUGUUAGAAAUAAAUUUUUUUAACUUUCAGCAAUCACUUUGUCUUUGUCACUCUUUCCAAAGUAGACUAUGUGUAACCCUUAUACGCACCUCACACUCAUGAUAAAAAAAUACCUUGGGUGGUAU